CUGUCAAACCGUGUUUUGUACUUUUUAACAAAUCGCCGUUUCGGAACGUAAACAAAUUAAUUGCGGUGCCACCGUUUGAAAGACGUCCCGUGUUUUUUUUCAUUGUCGAUAAUUUGAGUGUUUAGAUAAAUCGAAUAAUGGCCACGAACAUGGAUGAGGAGCAGGCCCUACGCGAGUGCGAGGCUUACGUCCAGGCCCACAACAUCCAGCAAAUACUUAAGGAUUGUAUAGUUCAAUUGUGCGUUAGCCGUCCAACGAAUCCCAUUUCGUUCCUGAGGGAGCACUUCCAAAAAUUAGAGAGGGAACAAGCGUUGGAUGCGAAGCAACAGGCGGCCUCCCCGGAGGACACGGAGGACCUGUCCCCGUUGCCCGCCCACGCCCAACAGCCCGUCAGACGUAGGGGCGGCAUCUCGGCCGAACCGGUCACCGAAGAGGAUGCCACCAGCUACGUGAAAAAGGUCGUCCCGAAGGACUACAAAACGAUGGCGGCCCUGUCGAAGGCCAUCGCCAAGAACGUGCUGUUCAGCCACCUCGACGAGAACGAACGCUCGGACAUUUUCGACGCCAUGUUCCCCGUGACGUGUCUUCCUGGCGAGCCCAUCAUCCAGCAGGGCGACGAGGGGGACAACUUCUAUGUCAUAGAUCAAGGGGAAGUGGAGGUUUACGUGAACAAUGAGCUAGUGACCACCAUCGGCGAUGGUGGCAGCUUCGGUGAGCUGGCCUUGAUCUACGGGACGCCUCGUGCCGCCACCGUCAAGGCCAAGACGGAUGUGAAGCUGUGGGGCAUAGACCGCGACUCGUAUCGCCGCAUUUUGAUGGGUUCGACCAUCCGCAAGAGGAAAAUGUACGAGGAGUUUCUGUCCCGCGUCUCCAUCCUCGAGAAUCUGGACAAGUGGGAGAGGUUGACCGUGGCUGAUGCCCUAGAACCGGUCGGGUUCGAGGAUGGUGAGACGAUUGUCAAGCAGGGCGAGCCCGGCGAUGACUUCUACAUCAUCGUCGAAGGUACGGCAAUAGUUAAGCAAAAUAGAGCUGAGGGUGAAGACCAGACAGAGGUGGGCAGAUUGGGACCCAGCGACUACUUCGGAGAAAUUGCCCUCCUCCUGGAUAGACCAAGAGCAGCCACUGUGGUCGCCUGUGGACCACUUAAGUGUGUCAAACUGGAUAGAGCAAGAUUUGAACGCGUCCUGGGAUUGUGUGCUGACAUUUUAAAGAGGAAUAUAACUCAAUACAAUAGUUUCGUUUCACUCUCAGUCUAAAAAUCCAACAGCAGUUCGGAAUCCUUUGAAGAUAUUCCUUUUUAAUGAACUGAUUCUUCAGCCAAAUUUGAAGUCUUCAUUUUUUUUUUAGGAAAAAUUGUUUUCAUUAAUUUAUUGUACAGUUUGGUGCCGUCAAAACAGUCAACUUUUUUAAAAUAUCCACUAUUUUUAUACUUUUUAACAUCCAGAGAUCUGAUUUUAAAAUAAAAUGCUGUAAACAACAAUGAAUAAACGCACUUGAUGUUUGACAGCACCAUAAGUUACUAUUUAAUUGAAUAUUGAGAAAUAUAUUGUAUAUAUUUAAUAUUUUAUCUUCCAUUAAAUAUACUUUAGUUUAAUAAUAAAGUAAUAUAUUUGA